CGGCGGUGCGCCCCGCCCCCUGCCCCUGCCGCGGCAUCCUGGCAGGGCGACGCCAGGACACCAGUGACCCGAGCGUGAAGACUCGGGGGUGGGAAGGUGUGAGCCGCAAAGCCACCGGGGGCCGGGAAAGGAGAGGAGGCCCGGGCGUGGGCAGAGGACUCGGGUCGGGCUGCCGAGGCUGCUCGCCUCCUGACUGACUGUCUGGCCGGCCGGCUGGCUCGUUGUCUGACUGUCUGGCCGGCAGAGUGGCUGACUGACUGACUGACUGACUGACUGACUGACUGACUGACUGACUGACUGACUGACUGUCUGGCCGGCCGGACGCUGGGAGCUGCCGCGGGCGGCGCGCGGAGCCGAGCCAUGGCCUCGGGUGGAUAUAAUCCCUACGUAGAAAUAAUUGAACAGCCAAGACAGAGGGGGAUGCGUUUUAGAUACAAAUGUGAAGGGCGAUCAGCAGGCAGCAUCCCUGGGGAGCACAGCACAGACAACAAUCGGACAUACCCGUCUAUCCAGGUUAUGAACUAUUAUGGAAAAGGAAAAGUGAGAAUUACAUUAGUAACAAAAAACGACCCAUAUAAACCUCAUCCUCAUGAUUUAGUUGGAAAAGACUGCAGAGAUGGCUACUAUGAAGCAGAAUUUGGACCAGAGCGUAGACCUCUGUUUUUUCAAAAUUUGGGUAUUCGGUGCGUAAAGAAAAAAGAAGUGAAAGAAGCUAUUAUUUUAAGAAUAAGUGCAGGAAUCAAUCCUUUCAGUGUCCCUGAACAGCAGCUGCUGGACAUUGAAGACUGCGACCUAAAUGUGGUGAGGCUGUGUUUUCAAGUUUUCCUUCCUGAUGAACAUGGCAACUUGACAACUGCUCUUCCUCCCGUGGUUUCUAACCCAAUUUAUGACAACCGUGCCCCAAAUACUGCAGAAUUAAGGAUUUGUCGUGUGAACAAGAACUGUGGAAGUGUCAGGGGAGGAGAUGAAAUAUUUCUACUUUGUGACAAAGUUCAGAAAGAUGAUAUAGAGGUUCGUUUUGUGUUGAAUGACUGGGAAGCUAAAGGUAUUUUUUCGCAAGCUGAUGUACACCGCCAAGUAGCCAUUGUUUUCAAGACUCCUCCAUAUUGCAAAGCAAUAUUGGAGCCUGUGACAGUGAAAAUGCAGCUUCGGAGACCUUCUGACCAAGAAGUCAGCGAAUCUAUGGAUUUCAGAUACCUGCCAGAUGAAAAAGAUGCAUAUGGCAACAAAUCAAAAAGACAAAAAACAACUCUACUUUUUCAGAAACUACUGCAAGAUUGUGCUAACUUUCCUGAGAAACCCAGAACUGUCCCCCUGGGGCCAACUGGAGAAGGAAGAUUCAUCAAAAAAGAAUCAAACUUGUUUUCUCAUGGUACACCUAUGCCAGAAAUGCCCAGGUCUUCAGGAGUUUCAAGUCAAGCCGAACCCUACUACUCUUCAUCUGUGCCCAUCUCAAGUGGAUUGCCACAUCACCCACCAGCCAUAGCCUCAGUGGUCUCUCAGCCUUCAAGCUGGUCUUCAGUGAGCCACCCAACCUCACGCUCAGCCAGUACAAACACACUGAGUAGUUUCUCAGCAGGAGCACUUCCCUCUAACUCACAAAGUAUCCUUCCAUUCCUAGAAGGGUCUGGUGUGGGUGAUUUAAAUGCUUCCAGUGCUUGCCUUUAUACUGACGACCUAGCUAGAAUGGAAGCAUUAUCCAUGUCACCAGCUGACUUAUAUAGUAUUUCUGAUGUCAACAUGCUGUCUAAUCGCCCUGUGAAUGUGAUGACAACCAGCAAUGACAACAUGGGGGACACUGAUAAUCCAAGACUUAUGAGCAUCAAUCUUGAAAACCCCUCAUGUAAUUCAAGGUUAGACCAAAGAGACCUGAGACAACUACAUCAGAUGUCUUCUGCCAAUAUGUCAGCAGGCACCAGUUCUAAUUCUGUUUUUGUUUCUCAGUCAGAUGCAUUUGAUAGAUCAAACUUCGGUUGUGUAGAAAAUGGUCUGAUAAAUGAGCCUGGGCCAUCAAAUGAUGCAAAUACUCAUAAUUUUGUUCAGAGUAGUCAAUAUUCAAGUAUUGACACUCUGCAAAGUGAGCAAUUGAGUGAUUCCUUUGCAUAUGGUUUUCUUUAAAUGUAACCUAUAGGACUUAAAUCUAGGAAACUAUUAAAACUUUAGGUGUAUAGAAUAUAAAGAGAAUGUUCAAAAGUAGAAACUUUAAAGAGCUGUACUGUUUCUUACUUUGAAAGAUGCCUAAAGUACAUGUGCUUGAUGUGAAUUGUUGUUUCAUAUCUCCUCAAGACAAGCUGUGUGUCUUUUGUAAUGUAUUAAUGUACUAGUUAAAUGAAUUGAUAUUUGCUUUCAAGCAGAUUUAAGGUAAAACAUGUAAUGGCUAUGCCAUUGGGAAAUAAACUCAUUAUUAUUGUUGAGGCCCCCAAAGUGACCCCUAAGGGGUUUUCUGGGGUUUCUUGGUAUUUUUAGGUAGUGGUGUGUGUGUGUGUGUGUGUGUGUGUGUGUGUGUGUGUGUGUGUGAGAGAGAGAGAGAGAGAGAGAGAGAGAGAGAGAGAGAGAGCGCUGAAGUGAGAUUUCAAGGGAUGGAAGGUUUUUUUUCUAUUUUAUAUAAUUUAGACUCAUACCUCUAAAGUUACCUAUGGAAUUAGCUGUGUAUCUGUAUUUUCAAGAAAAAGACAUUUUCUUGAGCCUUUUCUUUAUUAGAGUUCCUUAAUAUUACAAGUUCAAGGCCUGCCUGGGCUACAUAGUCAGUUCAAUACCAGCUUGGGCAGCUUAUGGCAAUUUUUUUUCUCAAAGAUAAAAAAGACUAAGGUUGUGACUCAAUGGUAGAGUUUGCUUAACGUUUCCAAGACCCUGUGUUCAACCCCCUGUAGAGGGAAAAAGAAAAAAUAACAAAAUUUAAGUUUUAGCUCAGUAUGUUGAAGUCUGAGUUUUGAACUUUACCCCCAGACUUGCUUGUCCUUCAGUCUUACCAGUCCUGGAAAUUGUCAUGCUAUGCUUCUAGUUACUUAGGUAAAAACCUUGAUGUCGCCAUUGCUUCUUCAUCUUCCAAAUGUGUCAACAGAGCAGCAAAUCCAGAAGGUCUUUGCUCCGUGUAUAUCAGAAGCUAACCACCUCUUUUGAACUCGUUUGAGACAGGGUUUCACAUCGCUCAAGCUGGCUUCAAACCUGCUAUGUAGUCAAAGAUGGCCUUGACCUUCAGAUUCUCCUGCUUCUGCCUUGGAAGUGCUAGGUUUACAAAUGUGCACCACCACUCCAAGUUUAUGUGGUGUGGGGAACCAGUGAUAGGUCUUUGCUUGGAGAAGUGCCUACCAAUUGAGCUCCAUGUCCAGAUGAGACUAAUUGUAGUAAUUUUGUAUUAUUUGGCACUGAUAGACACAACUGUUAGAAAGCUCAGCAGAUGUUACACAUACACUGACUUAUUUCACUAAGGUACAUCUACAUCUGUGUUUAGCGUAUUUUAAAAUGAUGUUUUAUCUCCGGGUACUGUUUACUGAUCACAAAACUCAUUUUAUAACUUACAAUGCAUUCAGCCAUGUUUCCUCCUUUCUCCCUAGUUGCAUUUGUAUUUCACUUAGUUUUGAGGGGAUGGGCCUUCCUUCCCAAACUCCACCUUGUGCACUACAUCUUUCCCCCAUUGCCAGUGUCCUCAUGUUCCCACUUAGUUCAUGCUUUCAUCCUAUAAACAGAACAAACGUCCUUUUGAGAAUAAAAGGGUGAAAACAUCCCCCAAAGUACCAAACCCUACCCGCACCAUGCCCCUUCUUUCCACUCUUAACCUUUAAGUGCUGUGCCUCUGUCUUAUCACCUCUGUGUCCCUCCUUCCCCGUCCAUCUCUUGGUUUAGUUCCUACCCCUUGUCAAGUCCCAGGCCUUCUUUAUCGGUGUUACUCUACAUGUUUUUCCCGUCCACAGUCUGUUAUCUAUUGACCAGGUGUGUCUGCGAUGGGCAGGGUCCUCGCAGUUCCUAACCCAGUUCUCAAGGGCUGUGUGCACUCUCACCAGGACCAGUGUCCGCUUUCUCUCCUGCUGCCUGAAUGCUCGUGUAAAUUUGCCUUCUCUUACACUCUUUCCUAAUGGCAUUACUGCUGACACCAGAGAUAAUUUAAUGGAAGCUUCAGAGACAUCCUUGAUUGUCUUCUUCAACUCAUACGUAGUCCUUUUGAGUCUGUCUACUAAAAGUCUCUUGCAUUUGUCUCUUCUGUUACUGGAAAAGUUUUCAUUCUUUUUCUCCAAAGGAAGUCUUUUCCAUAUGUUCAAGAUUUUUUUUUAAAUAGCUCAUUCCACUUAUACUUUGUAGUUGGAGCAUGUUGCUUUCCCCCCUCAGGUCUCCAUAUAUGUAACCCACUUUGUCUCUCUGCUCCUAACAUUCUUACCUUUAACAGCUGACUUCUCUGCAGGGUUUGGUCCUGCUGCCACAGCUGAGGGGCAGCCUAUCUGGGACUCCAGCACUUGACAUAGACUCUGACAUAAUUGGUGCAAAAUAAAUGGUAGCUAUUUGUUAGAGAGAGGACGAUGAUUAUAAAAUCGUGUUUGAGGACAUAAGUUUUUAAUGGGAAAGGUGCUUCACCCCAAAGAGAAAAUGGUGAUGCCAAGACAGCCUGUCUUAUGAGAUGCACUUCUCUUCUGUCUCCCUCUUCUUAAAACAAUGCAAAGAUUGGCCCAUAGAUUCAUGAUAGAGCACAGCCCUAUAUUUGAUACCCAGAAUUGCAACAACAACAACAAAAUUAAUUACAAAACAAAAGUCUAAAUACCACCCUGAGGCCCUUUGAGACCCAAAGCAGCUCUCUUGGAAAUGGUAGUACCAACAGUAUCCAGUAGAAACCCUGCCCCUGCAUGUGGCGGGUUAAAUCUCAAGUACCCUGAGGUACCUACCCCUUGGUAGGUUACCCUGCACAGACAUGUCAGUAGUCAGUAUUUAUGUAAUAAACUAUAUGACAUUUUGUUACUGUAUAUUAUAUAGUGUAGUGUGUUGUGUAGAAAACCAGAGGUGAAUGAGAUUCAACUCUUAUUUUCAGAGAUACUUGUUUUCUCAUGAGUCACACAUAUAGCCAGCCACAUAAAUAUGGACAAGCUUUAAAGUAUAGUUUGGAGAACUUUUACUUAUGUAAAAACCAUGUAACCACCGUGUUUGAGACCCCAGGCUCUCAUCAGUCCCUCCAAGCCACUACUCUGGUUCUUGUCAUUAGAGCCUGCUGAGUUACUAUCCUAAAAACCUUUACUUGGCUAAUUGAUUCUCUAUUAAAAAGUCGAGUGUACAGAGUAACUGGGUUGUCGAUUUGUCUUAAUAUGCUUUGGCAUUUUUGGACAGACUCAGAAAAACUAUAUUUCCCAUGGUGAGACUUGGAAUUGGUGAUACAGGCUGUCUUAAUUGUAUCCCUCUUAUAUCUUAAUCAUAUAUUGAUAAAUUAUCAUAAGCUACCAAACAGCAUGGGAAAAUACAAAGAAGAGAGACUGUUUUUAGUCAGUUAGCCUAUAUGGCUGUGGUGUUACUCACUUGUAAUCACAGAUACUCAGGCAGAAAGAUCACAAGUUCAAGGCCUGCCCAGUCUAUUGAGUAAGUUCAAGGGAACAACCUUGUGAGCACCUAUCUUUAAAAAAAAAAGGCUCUGGAUUGUAAUUCAGUGGUAGACACCUUGCAUGUACAGCCCUAAAUCCAGUGUCCACCCCUAGAAAAACAAAAACCUGGCUCCUUGUCUUUCCCAGGCUGUGUGUUUUGAACUAACUAAUGUCUGGGAAGAAACCCUGUAAAUUACAAGUGUGAGUCAAAGACAGCAAACCAGCAGCUGUGCUUCUCACGUGGCCCCAUUAGCCUACUGUCCAGACAUUCCUAGCCACUUAAUACCCACCAGAGAAACUCACUUACGGAGGAGUAAAUAUUUUGGGAGAACUAUGAUCUGGGUUUAUCUUUAGACUAAUGUUUACAUUGCCAGAUAUGGAGAUGCUUCUUUGUGCCUUAUUCUCAGAGAAGACUUCUCAUUGAGGGAAAUAUCAGUUACUGUCUUCACUUUUGAGAAUUGUAAAGGUUGAGUUUUGAAUUGGGAGUGCCUUGACUCAGGAGGCUGACUCUGCAAGAUGUCAGGGUUGUUUUCAGAGGUUGGGUGUGCAAAGAAGAGGCUAUGAUGCUUUUGUAUCCUAUGUAUGGAAAAGCCUGUGCUACCCUCCUAAGCCCAGCAGUGGGCUGAGGGAUGAGAUGGAAGCCUCUCUCAAGUUUAUCCAGGUCCAUCCCUUUAAGACAUAGUCACAUGAAUAUUUGAACUGAAUAUCAAGGCAGAAUUUAUAGCACAAAGUCAACAAUGGAUAAGGCCAAAUCUCUAAAGUAAUACCUAAUUGCAAAAAAAAUACCAAAAACCUACUCAUGUCCUCACCAUCUUUUUGCCAUGUUUUGUUUUGUUUUGUUUUUCUAAACGGUUUCUCUGUGUAACAGCUCUGGCCAUCCUGGAACUCACUAUGUAGAACAGGCUGGCCUCAAAUUCACAGAGAUCCACCUGCCUCUGCCUCCAGAGUGCUGGGAUUGAUAGUACAGUGGUUAGUACUCUGCAUUGUGUCCCACCAUCUUUUUUAACAGACAAAACAUAACUUUUUAAUAAGUAACCAUGCUCUUCUAAGCAUGGCCCUAGGGCAGUUGCCUCCUGUUACCAGUUAUUUAAAGGGGGUAGUGACUCAGGGUAUGCAGGCUUGUCUUUUGGUUGUUUUUGUUGUUGUUGCUGUUUAUUUAUUUUCAGUACCCUGACUGGCCUGGAAUGCACAUAAGUCUACCUGCUUUUGCCUCCCUAAUAUCUCUAGGGUUGUUGUUUAAGCUUUUGGACCUUCAAAGAAUCACAAAAUUCAUUGAUACUUUGAGUUCACAAUAAUGUAACAGUUUUUAGAACUAUUAGCAAAUGUGUAAAUUUUUGGUAAAAUAUAAAAUUCAUUUUGUGUCA